UUUGAAAUACUAUUAUACAUUAAUAUAUUCACUUAUCGUUUAUAAAAUAAAAAUUAAAAAUUAAAUUCUAUUUUUAUCUAUAAUAUAAUCAUAAUCAACUGUAUUAUAAGAAACUCAUUAUAGGAGGAUUUGCCAAAUAUGACUCAAAACUUGAUUUUAAAUACAAAAUUAUACCCAAACUUGAAUCAAAAUGCAAAAUUAACGUAAAAACCUUGUGAACUUACAGCAAGCACUGGGGAAGCUAAGAGCUCAACAGUAUGAUAUACAGCUACGAGUACAGGAUUCAACAUGAAAGCAUUCCGUUGACCGAGGAGAAGCAGCUUCUUAAAGAGAUCAGGCUGCUUGAAGGGACUAGAGACAAAGUCAUUGCUAAUGAGGCUAUGAGAUCUAAGAACAAAGAAGCUAUGGGUCAUAAAGAUGAUAUCCAAGGUCAAGUUAAGUUAAUGGGUGCUGGUUUGGAUGGAGUGAAGAAAGAGGCUGAGAAGGAGGAGAUUGAAGCUCCAGUGGAGGAGAAACCAAAGAAGGAAAAGAAAGUGUUGAAGGAGAAACCAAUAAGGAACAGGAUCCGCAAUAGAGGGGGACCAGAAACACUCCCGAGACCAAUGCUCAAGCGUAAGAAGCAGACCAACUACAUGGUUUGGGCUGCUCCAGCUGCUGCUGCUGUUGUGGUACUAAUGCUUCUUGUCUUGGGUUACUACUACGUUCUCUAAGAUCAAGGGAAGCUGAGUUGCUGUAGUUUGGGAUCUUUUUAAAGCUUUCUUUUGAGGAUGAGACUCUUUAAAACUUAUGUCUCAUUUACAUACUGAGUAGAGACUCUUCCCUUUUAAAAUACUUUUUUACAUUUCACUUUCCUUGUUGUUUUCUGUUCUGUUGUUGAGGCUUUUAACUUUGAAGUAAGAAAACUCUUUUUGUUACA